GAGCCAGCCAAGCCAGCUGAUAUCACCAACUCCCUUCGGGCCCGGCCAACAGAGCUGGUUAGUUGGAAUUCGAAUUGAAUGCACAGCGGAUCGAGAGUGCGAGUUCGGACCACGGGAUCAAACAAUUGGAAAAAUCAUUAAAUAAAUAAAUAAAACAUUGUGGGCCAUCGUGCGAAGUACAAGGAUGCCACGCAACGGCUACGAAAAUGGAGUCCCUGCAGGGGACCUGGCCAAUGGACACUAUGACGAGAUUAAGCCCACAUAUGCCCUGGAGCACUUGGCCACGUUUAAGCUUAAGAACGAGGCCGAAAUCAAACAGCCCAAGGAGAAGAUGAAGCUACUCAUCGAACUGGACAAAACCGGAGGCAUUUGGCCUCACAAAAUGUUCAUGAGCUUCAAUGGCCAGUGGCUGGUGAUGCUGGACAGCGAAAUGAAGGAGAUAGAGAACUUUCCUGGAAGCCUCAUCACAGAACCCACUGCCUUCAUCAGUGAUGAUCCCAAAGAAACAUACAACAAUAUCCUCAUCUUUUCGGUUCCCGGCAUAUCCCUAGGAAACACGGAAAUGCACAUCUUUCAGGUGGCAGAUGUCAGUUCAGUACAUUUGGUGGAGGAUUUAAGACAGCUAAGCAAGGGCACUCCCAUCACCGUGGAUCGCAACAAGACGCCAAUCCUCUUGCCAAAACCGGAUAGGCCUCAGAACCAUCAGGCCAAGGAUCAGUAUGGAAUCGCAGCUGCAGUGGCCGGAAUAGCUGCGGAAAAGAAUGCACUAGACAGAGAGCAGACCGAAAAGGAUGUACAGGUCCUUAAUCACUGCUUCGAGGAUAUCGAGAGGUUCAUGGCCAGGCUGCACUAUGCCGCCGAAGCUCUCAACGAGCUGAAGCUCCGUAAGGAGCAACACAAUCCUCAUGGGGAAGGACUCUUGGUUCUGAGAUCCCGUCCUCCCAUUGAGAGCGAGUUCCACGACAUCUUGGCCAAGACCAAGCUGGCCUUGAUCUACUCCGUCCGGCUGCAGAAUCACUUUACAAAGUCCACAGACCCAGUGCACAAUGUCUUCAUUUCUCUGAAAACCAUAGUAUCGGUCUGCAACGAUAUCUAUGUUGACGCUGGCAUCCCGGAGGCGGUGAUGAAUCCCCUCCUGCGUCGCGAAACCAUCGCUUUCCUUAAUGGCACUCUAGACUCCAAUGAGAAGCAGUUGUGGCAGAGCCUUGGCCCCAAUUGGACAGUGCCAAAGGAUCAGUUCAAGGACCACAAGAGCUCCUACCAUCCGAUCUUCUACGACGACUGGUCACCGGAUUGGGUGGUGGACGAGGAGGUUCAGUAUCUGGCUCCGGCUCUGAAGAAGACACCGUCGCCAGUCCCUGUUCCUGUGCCCAUUCCGGCAAGUCCUGGAGGCGGCAAUCGCACUUGGCUGAGUCGCCUGGAGAGUCGAAAUGUAAAGAUUGCUGAAGUGGCAUUUAACAAAUCAGCCACCAACGACAAGGAACUGAAAGUUACCAAAGGGGAGUACUUGGAGAUUAUUGACGACUCCCGUAAUUGGUGGAAGGCCCGGAACUCCUACGGAAACAUUGGCUAUGUGCCGCACACUGUGCUUACGCCGUACAACUUUGAGCCCGGAGUGAAUGGCCGGGACACAGAGUCCAUUGCAUCCAUGGCGCUUGUGGAGAAUGGCGCGGAGUUGAAUGGCGAGGCAAAUAAUCCCAUGUACCGCAACACCAUGGCAUUGUAUACUGCUCCUGUGGAGCGGGAGUCCCAGCCACCCCUGACCAAUCCCAACAUGGCGCGUUCCUAUUCGAUGCCCAAUGUACCCGUGCCGCCGCCAAUGCCACCACCAAGCGACAGUCAACCACCCACUCCGAGCGGAACCCUCAAGAGGAACAUGGCAGCUGCAGGAGCUCUGGCAGCCAUGCGUGCCAGGAACGAUUGCGAGGCCGAUGACGAUACCUACUACAUGCAGGACGAUGUGAACGACGAGCUGAGGGUCAUGUUGCAGCAGCGACAGCGCCGCAAGGACUUGGAGAUCCUGAAGACGCCAGAGAUCUUCAUCAACCAGAACUCGAAGCCCAAGGAGGUGGAGGAGUGGCUAAGGGGCAAAGGAUUCUCGGACACCAUUGUCAAGAGGCUGCACACACUCAGCGGCGAGGAGAUCUUCGGUCUGUCCCCGCACACGAUUGAAAGUUACUUUGGCCAGCGUGAGAGUCGUCGACUCAUCUCCCAGAUUGUGCUGCAAAAGAACUUCUGCGAGUACAAAACCAUACGAUCAUCGGAGCUCUCUGCCAAGUUGGCUCGUGCCCGCCAAAAGGCAGACCAGUCCAAUGGCGAUCCGAAUGAAGUUUUCUAGGACUUCUUCAGUCCGAAAGCUCUAUACUUUGCCAUUUAUUUAUUUAUGUGUAAUGAAAAUUGAGUGUUUUAUGUAAUAUUACAUUGUACAUUAAAGAAAAAAGAC